AGAUGAGACUGAACCGUUCAUGGAGAGUAUGCAAUUUUUUUCGCGUGGUUGUUCUGUUUAUGUUUAAAAAACUUUAUGCAUUUUUAAAUGUUUAGUCAAAAUGAUGUACUUUUACGGGUGUGGAUAUUUUUGCGCAAUUGAACAGCUGUGGGAUCUACUAGUAUAUUUGAAACUGUAACAUGGGAAAUUUGUUGAGGCUUCUUUCCAGAGAUGAUAAUCCCAAAUAUGAUGUUUUUGUUGAUUUUGAAAAUGCUCAACCUACUGAAAUGGAAAGAGAAACAUAUGAAAUAGUUGAUGAAGUUUUGCAAUAUUCUAAAGAUGUUUUACAGGAACUCCAGACUUAUAAAGGAGCUGUGAAUGAAAUUAGAGAAGCUAUUACUAAUCCUCGAAAUGAACUGUAUCAAACAAGAGCAUGGGAAGCAGUUCUCCCUUUAGUCUCAAAGUUAAAAAGGUUUUAUGAAUUUUCUCAGCAAAUUGCAGAUGAAGUGGUUCCUCGAAUCUUGUGGGAACUGUGUUCGGGGCCUCUACCCCCUGCUCAGCAUUUACAUACCCAACAAGCUCUAGUCAAACAAUUUGCUGAAAUUCUAGACUUUGUUUUGAAAUUUGAUGAUCUAAAGAUGACAAAUCCAGCCAUACAGAAUGAUUUUAGUUACUAUAGGAGAACAGUUAGUCGUCUGAGGUUAGCAAAUCAAGAGCCCAUAGAUGAAGAAUUAGAAGUGCCGAAUGAAUUAGCAAAUAAAAUGUCUCUGUUCUAUGCUCAUGCAACUCCCAUGCUGAAAGUUCUUAGCGAUGCAACAAUGCGAUUUGUAUCAGAAAAUAAAGAUUUACCCAUUGAAAAUACUACAGAAACAUUAGGAACAAUGGCUAAAGUUUGUCAGAGAAUGAUUGAGCAUAGAGAAUUUUGUAAUCGCUUUAGGAAUGAAGAAACAAUUCUUUUUGUUUUAAGGGUUAUGGUUGGGUUAAUAAUUCUUUAUGAUCAUGUACAUCCUGUUGGAGCCUUUGCUAAAUCUGCUCAUAUUGAUGUAAAAGGAUCCAUAAAAGUGUUGAAAGAUCAACCUCCUAAUGUAGUUGAAGGCCUGCUUAAUGCUUUGAGAUAUACUACAAGGCACUUAAAUGAUGAGUCAACUCCAAAGCAUAUCAAAAGCUUAUUAGCAUGAAGUUGUAGUAGCUUAAAUGUUUAAAAAAAUAUUCGUCUGGUCAUUCAUUCAUUUUUUAAAUUUCUGAGAGCAUUUUGAACAAAAAUAUUUUAAGUUAGUACAAAAAAAAAAAAAAAAAAAAAAUCAAAA